CACUGUCACGUCUGUCAGUGGUGUAGUUUCCCAAAAAAUUUUUUGUUAACCGUUUGGCAUAAAAACACCGCAAUUUAAUUAUUUAUCCAUUUGCCAAAAUUGCCAUAGUAAAUCAAAGUAUUUUUAACCGGCGAAUUAGUGCGAAUGAUACAGCAAAACCUUUGUUUACAUUCUUUAUUAUGAUUAGUCAUAACAAAUUUAGGUUAAGUUGAUUUGUCAGUUCCUAAUCAAAAUUGAAAACUGAAUUUACACCCAAAUUUCCGUUAAUUAAAAAGAUGAAAGUUAGCGUAUCGACGAUGGCCGAUUACGUCUUUACAUUAGACGUUUCGGAAGAUUUAGAGCUAGAAAAUUUCAAGGCGUUCUGCGAAGUGGAGUCCGGUUUCCCCUCGCACGAGAUACUGAUCAGCUUCAACGGAAUGCCGCUACUAGACGAGAAGAAGUCGCUGAAGCAAUACGGAAUUCGAGACGGCGACAUGGUGGCGAUGCAGCACAUGCUUAACACCGAUUCGCAAUCGAGCCUGGCGCAAACGCCAAGUUUUGACUUUAGCGGCAUUCAGAUUCCGAAUACGUCGAGACGCGGCGUUGUCGGUCAGGCGACCGGACAAGCCCAACGGCCCGCCGAAGAUGAUCCGGUUUUGAUCCGCGACAUGUUCCUGGCAAAUCCCGAUCAACUUGCUUUGUUAAAACAAAACAAUCCUAGGUUGGCAGAUGCCUUACUCACCGGAAACAUAGAUACUUUCGCGAACGUCCUGCGAGAGCAAGUCCAGGCGAGACAGGACAGGGAUCAGCAAAGACUUCGGAUGAUGAACGCCCAUCCUUUCGAUUCGGAAGCGCAAAGGCUAAUUGCCGAGGAGAUUCGACAGAAGAAUAUCGAGGCCAAUAUGGAAGCUGCCAUGGAAUACAAUCCGGAAACUUUCGGCACGGUGACCAUGCUGUACAUCAACUGUAGAGUGAACGGUGUCCAUGUAAAGGCGUUCAUUGAUUCUGGUGCCCAAACGACGAUAAUGUCGAGCAGUUGUGCGGAACGUUGCAAUAUUAUGCGAUUAGUCGACACCCGAUGGGCGGGAAUUGCUAAAGGCGUGGGCGUACAAAGAAUCAUCGGACGAAUCCACAUGGUCCAAAUACAAAUUGCCGGCGAUUAUCUCACCACCAGCUUUUCCGUUUUAGAAGAGCAACCCAUGGAUAUGCUACUAGGUUUAGAUAUGCUUAAAAGACAUCAGUGUUGCAUCGAUCUCAAACAAAACGUACUGAGAAUAGGAACUACGGGUACCGAAACUCCAUUUUUGUCCGAACGCGAAUUACCGGAAUGCGGCCGACUGAGCGGGCUAUCGGAGGAGGAUUUAGUACAACCGUCGUCGCGUAAACAAUUUCAAGAUAGAGACAUGCAAGAGGCCAUAAAAAAUAGUAGAGAAACUUCCAAUGCAACAAAUAGCAACACGGCGACAUCCUCAUCGCCGUCGGUCAUUCUGAGCAACGACAAAUUCACGGAAGCCGACGUGGCGGAGCUGGUCGCUUUGAAGUUCACGCGCGAGCAGGCCAUAUUCGAAUUAAGACGUUUCAACGGUGAUAAAACGCAAGCGAUCGCGGCGCUAUUUGCGAAAUCGCUCAAAUUUUAACGACGGUGACUGGAUUUUUUUAUAUAAGUGCUAGCAAUGGUGUUAUCGCGCAAUAUUAUAAAUCGAGACAAUUUUCAUUUUUAUAUAAUAUGAUUAUAUAAUCAGUAAUUAAAAUAUGCACGACAGAAGUCAUUUAUUAUUAUGGUUUGAAAAACUCCUAACAGAAAUCGCGCACCGACGCUUCGGUUACCUAUACAUUUUUUGUGCUUUAGGAUCUAGGUAUCUUCCUUGUAAUGAGCCAAAGUUGGUGUGCAUUUCAUUUUUUAAUAUCUUGAUUACAUGGGCAGCAUUUUAUUUUGUAAGUCUUAAAUAUGGUAUGCAAUCAAUGAGUGGAUCUUUUACUACGAUACAUGAUUAUUGUAUUUAGGGCAUCAAAUGUUGUAACUGAAUUGUUUUCAUAGUUUUUAACAAAAAGGAAUAAAAAAUUCUGUGUUA